AUGGUGAAUAAUGGUGCUUGUUACCUGGUUUUCGAGCAGAUUGAUGGUGGGACUGUGAGCUAUGUAUACAGUCAGGAUGGUGACCCGGCGGGGUUGACAUAUCUGGCAAAGGCAAGCGGUGGGAAACCAAUUCCGAAUUGGAAAUUCAAGGGUAACGGAAAGACUAAGCUGAAGAACAAUUGCACGACUGCCAAACAGUUCUUUGUCGCCUGGUGUACAUGGCUGAAAGAGAUGAAACGGAACGGCGAUACAAUCACUAUGAAUCGCAAAGCAAAACAAGGUGUACCCGCCGAAACACAAGUUUACAAACACAUCCAGUCUGGAAACAAAAUCAUCAAAUGCGCUGAUACAUUCGACCUCUCAGACGCAGACGCCAUCGCCUGUGUACCUGUAGCCUGCCAAGACUUCAACUCACCCACCAUGGACAUCAACCUCUUCAUCGAAACCGGCAACAAGACGCAAGCAUACGCCACACUCAACGUUUCUGACAAAUAA